CGAAACCCUGCUAACUCGUAUUUGGUUCGUACAAAAAAUACCACAAGAAACGAUACGGACAUGGAAUACUACUGGCGACUAUAUUUUUGCCACGGAAUAAAAACAAAUGUAAAUCAGGGUGUCAUGACGAUUUUGACAUAUUUUCAUGGUCAAAAGUUUAUAAAUAUUGGAAAGUUAUUUACAAAAUAAUAUAUCAAUCAUGAGCCAUUCUAUGAGCAGCCCGAGAAAUAUUCAAUUAGUUUUCGAGACCUACCAGAAGGCUCGACUGGUUUUCGUUCAAACCAUGGCUGAAUUGGCAACUCGAGGAACUAAUGUUAAAUGCUUGGAGAGCGCGGGUGUACUCGAUUUAUUGCGACCACUACUUUCUGAUGCGUGCAGUACUGUCCGCCAAUGUGCCGUUGUCGCAGCCGCGCGUCUUGCCGAACACGAUGAGGGGGUAGCACGACAACUCCUCAACGGAGGCAUGGUUACCAUUACUCUGGAAAAUCUUAAUAAAUAUAAUGUGUAUUACAAAAGGUCUGCGUUGUAUUUAAUGAGAGCUGUUGCUAAACACAAUGAAGAACUUGCGUCUGCGAUUGUGAGACUUGGCGCGUUGGAACAUAUUGUUUCGUGUUUAGAAGAUUUUGAUACGCAGGUGAAAGAGAAUGCAGCAUGGGCCUUAGGGUAUAUAGGCAAGCACAGUGAGCAAAUAGCGGGGCAAGUAGUCGAUGCUGGUACCCUGCCGUUGUUGGUUUUAGCUUUCCAAGAACCUGAAAUGAGUUUGAAGCAGAUCGCAGCUGGCGCUCUGGUAGACUUGGCUCAACAUAAGCCCGAAGCUGUAGUUGAUGCUGGAGCUAUAUGCCAUUUGGUUCACGGACUGGAGAACCAAGAUCCUAAGCUGAAGCGUAGCACACUGUGCGCACUGGGCGCAGUGGCGGGUGCUCGCACGGAGCUGGCCGAGGCGGUGGUGGCUGGAGGGGCUCUGCCGCCAGCGUUGCUGCACGCUGGCCACGACGCCGCCCCCGUGCGUCGCGCCGCGGCCUGCCUUCUCAGGGAUAUCGUCAAACACUCCGUUGACUUGGCGCAAUUAGUCGUGAACACAGGAGGAUGUGGUCCGCUUGUGGAGCUUCUAGCCGAGUCGACAGGUGGCGCUCGUGUGCCUGCUUGUAUGGCGCUUGGUUUCAUCGCUGGACAGUCUGACCAGCUUGCUAUGGCUGUUGUUGAAUCUAAGGCCAUCCCAUCUUUAGUAGAAAUAUUGCAAAAUAAUGAAGGAGAAGAUGCGGAGAUCUGUGCAGCUGCUUGGACGCUGGGGCACAUAGCAAAGCACUCGCCACAGCAUAGCCUUGCUGUAGCAGUUGCUAAUGCUUUACCUAGACUACUUCAGCUAUACACCAACCCCAAGUCCUCAGGAGAAGUUCGUGCUAGAACAUCAUGUGCUCUGAAACAAACCCUGCAAUGUUGUUUACACAGACCUGCUCUAGAACCAUUGCUGCAUUCUGCUCCUGCAUGCAUCCUAAAAUAUGUUCUAGCGCAGUAUGCUAAAAUAUUACCAAAUGAUGCAAGGGCCAGAAGACUAUUUGUUACCACGGGGGCUUUAAAACGGGUGCAAGAAAUUGAUUCAGUUCCUGGGUCAUCGCUUAAAGAAUACAUCAAUAUUAUAAAUAGUUGCUUCCCUGAAGAAAUCGUGAGAUACUAUACUCCCGGAUAUUCAGAUUCGCUCCUAGAUCGAGUAGAAGCUUACACACCUCAGAUACCCGAACUUUUUACGGACAGAGUUCCCAGCGACUGUCAAAGCGAGUUAACUAUAGAAAACACAAAUUAAUAUUUUUAUAUUUCUUUAUUAAUAAAUUAAUUGGUUUUGUA